CUUUGCUCUCUUUGUUUGCUGUUUAAAUAAGACCAGCACUUCAUCCUCAAAGACUCAAUAGUCUGAUAUUCACAUACACAUAAUCUAUCCAAGUUCCGGAAGAUCAAUCACUACCUCACUCUAUCUAUAGUCCAUACAUAAUACAGAAAACAACACUGAUCUUCCCCGGUGGACAUCAGAACCAGUAUCAAUAACAAAAUGCCACCAUCAAGAGAAUCCUCGUCCUCCCCGGACUCCCUCCUCUCAGACGACAGCUACCUGUACACCCCCCAGGAACAACACAACCACCUCAUGUCCAGCAGCAACCCUCAACCCCCAACCCGAUCAAGCACCUCCACCCGCUCCAACACACCUCCAGACGCAAACCGCACUCCAACACCCCACCUCCUCGACCUCUCCGAAUUCGCCAUAAAACCACCUCCCAUCCUCGACGAGCUCGACAAAAUGGCCGAGUCCAUGGAGCCAGUCGAGAAGCUUGUCAGCGGGGCGGAGAGGGCCGUGGUUGUGGCUGAGAUGGUCAAUCUGCUGAUUGAGGUGGAGAAGGCGCUGGGCGAGGGAGAUUCGGAUCGGGCAGGGGAGAUUGCAACUCGGGGAUUGGAGGUGGCGGUUGAGUUGGAUGAUCUGGAGAAUAUUGAGCGUGCGAAGAGGUUGUUGGAUUUAGUUGGUGGUGCUGCAGAGAAGAGAAAGGAUAUGCGAGGUAUGGAAGAUGAUGAAGAUGAAUAUAAAGACGGUCAGACAGAGAGAGGAGGGAGGGAAGAGGAUAUGUCUUUUGAUGACGAUAAGAUCCGCGGAGCAAGCCCUAAUGCUGGGGCGGAGGUGCUGGGAGACUUUCUCGCUGAUGAGUUUGAGGAGGAGGGCGACUGGGGGUAUGAGUAUGGCAACGAGAACAAUGUGGUCGAGGCUGGGAGCGACUACGGCAGUCAAGCUCAGGAUGAAGCAAAUAAUGAGAACGACGGCGAUGAUACCGACGAUAUACACAGCAACGCAGACAAUCAGGACGACCAGGACGACCAGGACGACGAAGAUCAUUAUAACGGCUUUGACCCUCGCAACCGGCCCCAAACGCCCGUCCCACCGCGUUCAUACGACGACGACAUGGAAAUCCCUAGACCAAUCACAGCAACAAAGGAUCUGAUACAGAGGUACGACCCCUGGCAAGCCUACGCUGACUUCAAGCAAAAGGAACUCUUCUCGUCCUCCGAAGUCAACAGCAGCGAAGACAACCUAGACGAAAUCUACUGCGACUGUGACUGCCGCAACUGUCGUAAAUGCCACUACAACCAAGAAUCCUAUUUCUCCAGCGAAAGUGAAGCCGAGGACGAGGACGAAGACGAGGACGAGAACGCCAUAACAGCAACAAUAAUCCGCAAACGACGCAGGCGGGACCCCAUUGUCUCUACGAAUCUCAAUUACACCUACACCCGCAAACUCAUUCCCAAACGAAGCGUCAUCUCAUCCAAAUUCUCCUGGAAGGGGGCUAUACCCCAAUAUCCCAAGCCGUGGUACCGAACAGACGAAAACACCGAUCUGGACAACGACUUCAAUGCCUUAUUCUGGCAUCCACAUACCAAGACUUUACUAUUACAGGAGGAUAACCCAGAUUGGGACAUGAGCUGGCUACCAGUGGAAGAACCAGUCUCGCAGGAUAACAACGGAAAACCCAAAUCUUCCCCGCUGGAGGCAGGAACAAAAUACGAUGACGAAGGGAAAAACUACAUACCCUGGCGAACGGACUUUUGGUUCCACUUUGCCAUGCCGAUGCGAGAUAUGGCGUCGCGUGUGCGCAAGACGGAUAUCUUCCCCGAGCAGGCGUGGGAGUUUAUUCCCAAGAAGGAGGACUGGGAUAUGUUUGAGGAGGCGGUUCCGGAAGGGGAGAGGUUCUCGAUGCAGUUUCUGGAGUGGGAAAGGGAGAGGAUUCAGGGGUUGGUUAGGGAGAAGGGUGAGUUUCAGAAGGGGCAAUUUAAGCAAAGGCAAAAUCAAGAGCAGAGCUGGGUGUUUGUGCAGGUUGAUGAUUCUGCGAUGGAUUGGGCCAUGUGGGUUUUUGUAGUGGUGGUUGCAUUGAUACUGCUGGUUUUCUGCCUGGUUUUGUAAUGAUUUAUAUACAGAUAUAUUCUAUUGUAACAGUAGUG